CUUCUUCUUCUUUUCUUUUUAUUAAAAAUAAUAAUAAGAAUGCAAUGGCUAAGAUCAACAAAGCAAAAGCUUAAACAAAGUGGAACAUGGAUUAAAAGAAACAGAAGGUUAAUGAUAAAUCUUGUAAAGUAUGGAAUUACAGCCAUCUGUUUAGGAGCUAUUUCCUUUUUCAUACUUUGUCGUUUAGAAGUGAAUGCACAUGUCUAUUUACGUAAUUGGCUUUCACCACCACAACCUGUAGUUAUAGAACCCUUAUCAACUUGUUUUGAUAAAAUACCCAAAAACAGUUCAUAUUAUCAAGGUAAUCAAAAAUUCACAGCUAAUUUUGUACCAGGUCUUCCAGUUUGGGAAGCACACACCUGUUAUGAUUUUGCAGCCUUAUUUAAGCCCUCAAGAUACCCUAAUCGAGGUGAUCAAUUAUUUCAUACUUAUUGGUCUUUUAAUUUAACAAAUCAAUUUGGAGAGAAGGAAGUCGCUAGUCUACGAUCUUUUGCUGCUACACAAAAUUCGAAUCACACUCUUAUUGUUUGGGUUCCAGCAGAGGAUGAAUCUCAUUUAAAGGACUCGGAAAGUUGGAGAUACCUUACACGAUCUCAAAAGAUGCAGGAUCGUGUUAUUUAUAAAACAAUUCAACCAAAGACACUUACUAAAGAUACACCGAUUGAACCCUUUGUUGAUCAUUGGCUAACACUUGUUCAUAACGGUAAUGAUGGUAAAGGAAGAGAUGAUUUAUUAAGAAUGCUUGUUCUCUAUAAAUAUGGCGGUAUUUGGUUUGACAUAAAUACGAUGUUUGUACGAAAUCUUUCGCCUCUUUUUGAGCACGAAUGGAUCGCGCAAGGAAAUUGUUUAACGGGUAUGUUUGGGAACCCCUUUACAGGUGCUCUAUUUCAUUUUCAUCAAAACUCGCCUUAUGUUUGUGAAGUAUUAGAAGGUGCUGCUGACCUGUUUAAGGCUCGUUUAAAUGUGAAUGAACAAACCCCUAAACGAUAUUUAAUUACUGGACCAGAAAUUUUUGGAUCAAAACUUUAUUAUCGAAUCUACAGAAGAUUAUUACAUCAUGGCAUUAAACCUUGGUCUAUCUUACCUUGGUGUUUUACUGACCCCUCUCAGUGUAAACAUUCUAAUUCUUUACCGAGCUUAUUUUCCAAUUCUCAUUUUGAUGAAAAGAGAGUGGGGCAAAUAUUUGCUUAUCAUUGGAAAAACAAAUGGACAGCUAAGCCUGGUACAAUUUUCAAAUUUUUAGAUUCUUUGCACAAAAAGAAAACUGAUUGGUAAAUUCUUCCCUCUCAACUUCAC